AUGACUCAACAGACCAGGACAUGUCUGUACUGUCUGGUGGUGAUGGCCGUGGUGUGGAUCACCGAGGCCCUGCCCAUCUCUGCCACAGCUCUCUUCCCAUUGGUCAUGUUUCCUAUGGGCGGAGUUUUGACAGCCGCAGACACCGCCUCUGCUUAUAUCGGGAACACAAACAUGCUAUUUGUGGGCGGGCUGAUCUUUGCUGUGGCAGUGGAGGAGUGGAACCUUCACAAGCGUAUCGCAGUUAUGGUCAUGAUGGCCGUGGGUUCGGAUCCCAAGUG